AUGAUGGAGCUGGAAGCAGAGAAAGAGGCGCUGGAGAAGCCGCCGUAUUCGUACGUGGCCCUGAUCGCAUUGGUGCUGGAGCAGAGCCCGGGACGGCGGCUGUCCCUGAGUGGCAUCUAUGACGCCAUAGCCCGUCGCUUCCCGUAUUAUGCCCAGCUGCCAGGGAAAGGAUGGCAGAACAGCAUCCGCCACAACCUCAGCCUCAACCCGUGCUUCAUCCGCCUGCCCCGCCAGCCCGGGCACAAGGGCAGCCUGUGGGUGCUAGACACCUCCGUCCACGAUAUGUUCGAGACCGGCGACUACCGGAGGAGGAGACGGCAGCAGAAGCGGCGGGACAACUCUGGAGCCCCGCCGCAAGCAUUCAGGUACCAGGAUCCCUCCGGGUACCACAUGCCGCCUGCUCCCUACCCGCUCCUCGGCACAGCCUGGGGACCCAGGGGCCCGCUCGUCUACCCCGGGGGCCACAGCCCAGUCUACCCUGCCGCCUUCCCCAGGAGCUUCCAGCACGACAUCCCGGCUCCCCAAUACUGGGAGCAGUACGGAGCCAUGCUGCCCCCCAGGAUGGACAUGUGCCCCCCGCCGGCGAUGUGUAACCUCCGCUCCCUGCUAACCGACUGA